GUAAUUUUUUUUUCCUUGUCAAAAAACCAUUAAAAUACAACAUGGCUAAGAAAGCAAAGGCAAGAGUUAUUCUCGUUAAAUUAUUAUCGACUGCUGGUACCGGCUUCAACUACAUUAAGAGUCGUCCCAGAAUCUCUGCAAAAUUGUCCUUGAUGAAAUACGAUCCCAUGGUCAAGCAACAUGUUUUGUUUACCGAGACCAAAAUGAAGAAAUAAGAUAAAAAUCAAACCCUGUACAUAAUUUUUAUUAUUAUUACCACAAACACAAAUUAAACUCGUAUAUGAAAACGGCAACAGAUUAGAUUCCUUUUUUUUUUUUCUAAUAAUAAACCAACAAAAUCAACGACAUGCUAUCUGUGGAGAGGGGAG